UGGCAAAGGCGCGAAAUGCGAUGGCGGCGGGCUGGCCCUGAGGGAGACGGGCCGGGGCCGAGGCCUGGGCCUGGGCCGCUCCGUCCUGACCCUGCGCCCGAGCUGCUGCCGCCGCGGAAAGAGUCCCUUUGGGUGUGAAGGAUGGAGUUCUCGCUGACGGCUGCCGGAGAGGUACAGGGGGUGCUUUCGGCCAUGCUGAAGAACCUAGAGUGCCCAAUCUGCUUGGAUGUGGUAAAAGAGCCAGUUUCAACAAAAUGUGAUCACACAUUCUGUAGGUUCUGCAUGUUCAAACUCCUCAGCAAAAAGAAAAAAGGUGUGACCCAGUGUCCUCUGUGUAAGACUGAAGUUACCAAGAGAAGUCUGAAAGAAAAUUCCAGAUUCAAGCAACUAAUUGAAGGAUUGUUGGAAACUAUCCAUGCAUUUGAGCUUGACACUGGAGUAAAGUUUUUAAAUUGUCAUCACUUUCCUAAAACAUCCACAGAAGCCACUGCUGCUGAGCUCCCGUGUAAGGAAAAUUCUGUCAUCCAAAGUAAGGGCUUCAGAAACAGGAAAAAAAGUGCUAAAGAAAAUGGACAAGAAAACUGCACCUUGCAGGAAGCUAAUGUGGAUACACAGCUUGCAGAUACCAGGGUCAGAAGGUGUUCCCUGAGAAACAAACCCCAGAAAUGUGACUCUGAAAAAGGGAUUUAUAUAGAAUUUGGUUCUGAUUCAUCUGAAGAGAUUUUUAAACAGGCAAGCAAUACUGGGUUAGAAAACAAAACAGCACUUCAGGUUUCGUCUCAAGAAAAGCUGGAACAGCUCCAGAGUGCUGAGAAGAGGGAUGAGUAUUCUUGCAGUGCACAGCCUGGCAAGCUGGGUGCUAAAGAAGGAAUUCUACCCAAUGUUGGAGGUGAAAGUGAUUUCUCAAAGGAAGGCUUGAGCAAGAAAAGCACUUGGAGCGUCACUGAAUAUGCCAAACCUGGCCAAGUGGGUAUGAGCAAACACCAGAGUUCUCCUUCAAACGUUCUUGCUGUGGACCUGCUCGCAGAGCAGUGUGACAGAACAGGGGAUGCCAGUCCCUCAAGCAAUGGGGACAUGUCUGUCUUUAAGCACACAGAAGAAAUGGACGAAGAGCAAACUCAGUGCAGUAGUAAAAGCAAAGAGUUUGACUUAAAAGGUAGCUCAGAGAGCAGGUUGGAUAAAAGCAAGGAAAUCGAUAUUGUUGACCAAAGUAUGGAAGCUGUUGAAAUGUAUGAACCCGAGAACGAUUCUGUCCAUGAAAAAGAACUUCCCCUGGAGAAACUGUGUCAGCCAGAAACACUUCACUCUGUUACCCAGAAUCCAGUCUCUAGGAAGAGACUGAAGCGAAGCAUUCAGAAAGUCAAUGAAUGGUUCUCAAAAAGCAACAAGAUUCUGUCUUCCAAUUCUUCCCAGGAUGAUUCUGCUGGAUCAUCUGAUGCUUCAGGUGAAGGAGAUACGUGUUUAUCAGAUAAAGAUUCCUGUGUUUCAGAAAAGACUGACCCUAUGGUAGAUUCCAUGGAAAUUGCAGUGGUUGAAGGAAACGAGAAACAGUCAAAACAAACAAUAGACAGCAUCAAAGACAAAAUAUUUGGGAAAACAUAUAAGAGAGAGAGAAAAUCAAAUCCCCCUGUUACCUUGAGAGACAUUUUACCUACUACAAAAAAGGAAUAUGUGGCUGCUGACGAGAAGUGUUUGAAUGAUUCCAGCAGACUAAAACGAAAAAGGAAGACUGCCUGUGUCCUGCAACCUGAGGAUUUCAUUCAGAAAAAAGAUGUAGAAGAUGCAGGUGGGUGCCCUCCGAGUGUUGACUGGUGCCUUGAAGAUGCUGAAAGGAAAAGAUGUGAUGGAAGUCCUGCUGCUGGUGAGAGUCACCUCGCUGAGAACAGAGAGGAUAAUGCCCAAGUGGAACUUGAGGAAGGACGAGGAUCCAUGUGGAAAAAAGCUGCUGAAAAGGUGACUGGCAAGCACUGUGAUGGGGAGCUAGAACUGAGUAACUUUCAUCAGAAAAGCACUAAAAAAAGUAGUUCUGCAGCAAAAAGAUGCAAGCGUUCUAGAACCAAGGGUGCCCUACAAUUAGUAGUGGAUAGAAACUUAGUUUCCCCUGAUCCCUCUGAGCCUCAGAUUGAUAGUUAUCCAAGCAGUGAAGAACCAAAAAAAGCUGAUUCUGAGCAAAGACAAGUGAGGCGCAGCAGGAGGCUUCAGUUACUUUCUGAAGAAAUGAUGAAAGAAACAGGAGAAGUAGUAAUUACAGGAGCAAGAAAGUGUGACAGCAAUCAGGAAGGGUCUGUCUUUGGAGUCCAAAGAAAUGUGUUAGUUCACGCUUCUGAAUGCAGGGACCUGUGUGAGCCCCAGGGUACACUGAGCUACAAACCACUCGCUAAUCUGAAGGGUGGGGAUCUGGAAGCAGAUGAAAUACAGAUUAGUCUGAAGAAUUCAUCAGACGCUGCAGAAAACAGAAAAAGUCUCUUCAAUCCUACAUCCUCAUGUCAGCAUUCAAACUGUACUUCCUUUGCACCUGAUACAGGUUCUCAAGAAGGUGAAAUACUUGGGAGCUGUUCCCUCCUGCAGUCUUCUUCAGGGACUGUUGUGCAAACUGCUUCCCACCUGGCUGGAGAGAGGCCUGAACCAGGUCCUGCUUUUCCCCAGGACAGUGGACACGAUAGACAAAAUGUUCCAGGGGACUUUGGAACUGAAGAGUUGCCAAUGGCUAAAAAUGUUUUGGAAUUGACCAAGGAAGCUGAAGACAGUGAGUUAGACACCCAGGAUCUGCGAAAUAUAUUUAGGCAUUCAAAACGCCAGUCAUUUAGACUCUAUCCUACUGCCACGAAGGCCUCUGCAGUUGAAGGUGCCUCUUCUGAAACUUUAAAGAUACCAUGUACUGAUCAGGUAAAAAAUAAGCAUAACAAAUGUUUAGAAAGAGAAACCUUGCAAGAAAAGAAAACAACAGCUGAAAGCUUGAGUAGGGUUUGUGAGAAAGAGGAGCUUAGGAGCUCUGAAUCUGCUUGUGUUAGUCCUGUGACUUGUGUUGAGAGCAGCACCGAGUGUGUGCACACAGGGGAACACCAGGAAGAUGUUUCAAAUCAAGGGAAUCUGACCCCAAUAAGAAUUGGUGCUGCUGGGACUGAGGGCAAAAACGGAUCACAAAAAGGAGAGCAGGGAGAUGAAGAGACAGAUUCAACUGACAUAGGGGUAGAAAGUGAGUUGGGACAGAAUCCAAUCAAAAGUAAUAGAAGCCAAAGUGAUCAGAGUGAUACAGAAGAGCACAUUUUCAAAAGAACUGAUUUAAACACAGUUGAUGAAAUACGCUUCAGUUCAGAAAGCAAUCAAGCAGGAAAGGCCAAAGAAGUUGACAGCGAAGGACCAAUACUACAUUUUCAGUCCAGAUCAAUGAUUUCUCCUGCAGCUUGUCAGCAAAGGCCUGCUGAACUCAGCUGUGAAGCCACUGGGGAAAAAAGGAGCAAAAGAGAAAGAAAAGAAGUAAAUGGGAAUGAGGAGCAAACAACCCAAACUGCUAGUACAGGGGUGCCCCAGUGUUUGGUCACAGAGGCUCUAGAGCAACCUCUGAAAGGGAACAGUGAUUUUACAGGUUUGUCUGAAACCCCCGAUGGCUUAUUGUGCUAUGAGGAUGAGAUUGAAGAGAACAACAGCUUUUCUGACACUGACAGGAGAGAGAGGUCUGCAGUGUUUGUGAAGAGAAGUGAUGAUGCCCUGGUCAAAAAACCACACAAUAGAAAUGUUAGUUCUAAGCCAAGGGGCAUUCAAAGACCUCGAAGAAGAGCACGGAAAUUGCAAUCUUCAGAGGAAGAAUCUAGCGAGGAUGAAGAUUUACCAUGUUUUCAAACUUUAAUAUUUGGCAAAUCAGUAAGCACACCUUUGCAGAUCAAUAAACAAGGGAUAGAUGUGGCAGAGCCUUCAGGAAGCCCUGUCACGUUGCCUCACAAUGAAAGUCACAAUGACAAUAACAUGCAGGAAGUGCCUGAAGCUGCUCUGAGCAGUGGGUGUGUUUCACCAAGCCAGGACUCGGAAUGUUCCGUCAACUUAUUUUCUUCCCAGUCCAAUGUGUCUGAAGAAUCAGUUGAUGGGGCACAAGAGCUGAAGAAACCUCUAAUACAAGUUCAUACACCCAAAAAACAAGUGAGCAAUGUGAACGAGAGUAAAGAAACUUGUCGAAGUUGUGAUGGAGGGCUGAAAAGAAGCAAAACUAACUUCAAAGAUGACUGCCAAGAAGACCUGCAUGUGGGAGCCAACCUAGGUGAAGCAUCUGGUUGUGACAGUGAAACCAGUAACGUAGAAGAUUCAUGUGGCCCGUUCUCUCAGGGUGAAAUCCUUUCUACACAGCAGAAGAAUGCUAUGCAAAAUAACCUAAAAAAACUGCAGCAAGAAAUGGCUGUGCUUGAAGCAGUGCUAAAGCAGCACGGAAGUCAGGAAUUUCUACCUGUCCAUAGGAAAGUGCCACAUUCCAGUAGUGAAGGAACACUUGGGAUGGAACAAAUGAGACAAGAAAGAGGGGCAGAGCCAACCUCUGAAGGAGAUUUUGAGAAUCGUAAACGCAGAAGUUCAAAGGGAUUUUCAUCCAACAUUACAGCAAGUGAUUGUCUCAACAGUAAAAUCAAAGAGUUAGAAAAAGAAAGGUCUCCAGAAUUGUUGCUUCCAUCUUCUAAAUCCAGUUUGUUAAAGAAGAGACCAGAUUCGGAGAAAGGUUUGCAGAGUGACAAAGUUCUGAAGAGCAAAGCUCCUUCUGAAAAGACACCCCCUGUGCAGGAAGCAGUGCAAGGAUAUAGUCAGUGUCAACUUGAAGCAGAAAAUGCAGAUGAGCAGAAAUCUGGGACCAGGGUAAACAGUGCAUCUGUCUUAUCAAAUCUCUCUGGAAAUGUGACCAGGAGUCCAAAUAACAAUUCCUCCUUUGUAAGGCUUCUUAACCCUCCAACUGCAGCAGCAGCAGCGAAUCGUCCUGGUGCAGCUCAGAGCGCUGAGAGAAGCUGCGCUCAGGAACGUACAUCGAGGAGAAAUGUCUCUUUUCCCAUAUCUGCUCCCCACAAUGCAGCUGGGAAAGAAAACUCUACCAGUCCAGUUGUGACUAACAGGAAAGAAAUGUCAAUCGUGGCAUCGGGUCUCAACCAAAGUGAACAUUUGGUGGUCCAGAAGUUUGCGAGAAAAACUCACAGCACUUUAUCUAAUCGCGUUACUGAGGAGACAACCCAUGUCAUAAUGAAAACAGAUAAGGAGCUCGUGUGUGAACGGACACUGAAGUACUUUCUGGGUAUUGCAGGAAGAAAAUGGGUAGUUAGUUAUCAGUGGGUAAUUCAGUCUUUUAAGGAAGGAAGGAUACUGGAUGAGGAGAACUUUGAAGUUCGAGGAGAUGUAAUCAAUGGGAGAAACCACCAAGGUCCUAAGAGGGCUAGGCAGUCUCUGACUGAAAAGAUCUUUAAAGGCUUUGAGAUCUGUUGCUAUGGACCUUUCACUGAUAUGACUACAGAACACCUGGAAUGGAUGGUGGAGCUUUGUGGUGCCUCUGUGGUGAAGCAGCUUCAUCUCUUCACACACACAGCGAAUUCUACUGCUGUCGUGGUUGUUCAGCCAGAUGCUUGGAUGGAAAACACGAAUUGCAGAGCAAUCCAGCGAAAGAACAACGUUGCCAUGGUGACUCGAGAGUGGGUGUUGGACAGCGUUGCCUGCUACCAGUGCCAGGAGCUGGGAGCUUACCUUGUGUCCUGAGGGUCAGCUGUGCUUCUCUUUCCACUGCUCAGAAAGCCUCAUCAGUGCUGAGAGUUUGGUAAUUAUUUUAAGGACUGAGAAUUAAGUCACUCAUGCAGAGAUUACCUGCAUGUGGUGUUCUUGUUCAGGGUAAAAUAACUACUUUUUUAACAAUAAAGUUAUUUAAACAGCAUUACCACAUGAAGACAGAAUUACCCACUGUUCUUUGAAGAUUAACAUUUCUAAUUUCAAAAGAGUCCUUUAAAUUAAUGUAAAACAAAUUUUUAAAGUUAGAAAACGUAGAACCAUUCCUCAAAGAAAUGGUGAUGUAUUAUUUACCAUUGCAGCCAGUUCCUGUUUAUAUACUUGAGGACAUUUUGGGGACAGUCAUUUAAAAGAGUAAUAUUUGGCUCAGGGCUCGAAUUAAAAUGUACCUGUGCUCCCAAAUAACCUCCACGUUUUCAUUUUGCAUAAAUGCAUACCCUGGAUAAGGGUGUAUACCGAUACAAUGGAAUAUUAUUUUGUAAUUACUAAUGCAUCAGCCUGGUUAGUCUUAGGCCAGGGAUGUAGUUGUGUUAAACUAUACAAACAGCUCUCCUGUUGUAUACAAAAGUGCCAACUCACCCUAACCAGGAAAAUCAUCCACAAGUGCAGCCCCUGGAAAGCCAAAACUUGAUUCUCAACUUAAGCCAAUCCUUAAAAGCACCAGCCUAUAACAGUGUGUUUUGGUUCUUUUUUUUUGAGAAGCAUUUGUGGCACCUGUGAAGAGGCAAUAAACAGAUGCACUUUAGUAUCCCAGUGACCUGUAAUAAGCCGUAUAAGAAUCUGCUUCCUAAUAGUCUCUGCCUGCAAAAUGAGACUGCAAAGAAAAUAUAAUUGUUUUUUAUGGAAGGAAAUACAUUGCUUGUUUCUGUUGCCAAGCAAUUCAACUUCAUAAAUAAUUUUGUACUUAAAGAGCAGAAAGAGAACCUGUUUCCAUAAAGCUGUUGUUUAAAAAAAAAAAAAAAAGUAGCUGAGUUCAGAGGGUUGUUUGGUGUACAGAUGCUGCUAGGUUGUCUUGGAAAGUUAUAGAAAGUGUGUUUGUAAAUAUUGGAAUGCUCAAAGGAAAUAAAAUUACGUUGGCAAGCAUUUUA